UUAUUAUUUUGUUUUUUAUAGGUGGUGGUGGAAGUUAACAGUGAAUUUCGAAUCCAGGUAAGAGAUUACAGCACCAAAAAUGGCACCAUCAAGUGGCAUUCAAUCAGGAGGCAAAAACGUGAAUGGAUCAAGUUCGCUGCAGCCUGUCGUGAAGGUGAAGACAAUUCAAAGAGGAACCCAAUCGCCAAAAUUCACUCAGAUUGUGCUGCAAACCAGCAAGUUACAUACCGCAUCUCUGGAGUAGGAAUUGAUCAGCCACCUUAUGGAAUCUUCAUCAUUAAUCAAAAAACUGGUGAAAUUAAUAUCACAUCCAUUGUUGAUCGAGAGGUCACCCCGUUUUUCAUUAUCUAUUGCAGGGCUCUGAAUUCACUGGGUCAAGAUUUAGAGAGGCCUCUUGAGCUCAGAGUCAGGGUUUUGGAUAUAAAUGACAACCCUCCGCUAUUUUCUAUGUCUACUUUUGUAGGACAAAUAGAAGAAAAUUCUAAUGCAAAUACACUGGUGAUGAGACUCAAUGCUACUGAUGCAGAUGAACCAAAUAAUUUGAACUCAAAAAUAGCCUUCAAGAUCAUAAGACAGGAACCUUCUGAUUCACCAAUGUUUAUUAUCAACAGAAACACUGGAGAAAUUCGAACAAUGAAUAACUUUCUAGACAGAGAGCAAUAUAGCCAGUAUUCCCUUGCUGUGAGAGGCUCAGACCGAGAUGGUGGAGCAGAUGGUAUGUCAGCAGAGUGUGAGUGCAACAUUAAAAUCCUCGAUGUUAAUGAUAACAUCCCAUACAUGGAACUGUCUUCCUAUUCCGUUAAUGUUCAAGAAAAUGCUCUAUACUCAGAUUUGCUCCAGAUUAGAGUAAUCGAUUUGGAUGAAGAGUACUCAGCUAACUGGAUGGCAGUAAUUUUCUUUAUCUCCGGAAAUGAGGGAGGUUGGUUUGACAUAGAAAUGAAUGAAAGGACAAAUAUGGGAAUUUUAAAGGUUAUUAAGCCCCUAGAUUAUGAAGAUAUGAAGAAUCUGCAACUUAGUCUUGGUGUCAGAAAUAAAGCUGAAUUUCACCAUUCAAUUAUGUCUCAAUAUAAACUCACAGCAACUGCAAUCACUGUGACGGUGUUAAAUGUAAUUGAAGGUUCGGUGUUCCGUCCAGGUUCAAAGACAUAUGUAGUAACUAGUAACAUGGGACAGAAUUAUAAAGUGGGAGACUUUAUAGCUAUUGACUUGGACACAGGUAAAGCUUCAACAACUGUUAGAUAUGUAAUGGGAAAUAAUCCAACUGACCUACUCAAUGUUGACUCAAAAACAGGCAUAAUUACUUUGAGAAAUAGAGUUACCAUGGAACAAUAUAACAUGCUUGGGGGAAAAUACCAAGGAACAAUUUUAUCUAUAGAUGAUACUCUUCAAAGAACUUGUACUGGAACAAUUAAUAUUGUUUUUCAAGAUUUUGACUGGGGUAAGGAGGGAAAUGUUACUGGUGGUGACACCAGUCCUGGAAGCAGUGAGACUACUAGUGGAAGUAUCACUGUAAAUACGAACGUAGAUACCGGUACUGACACAAGUGACAAAACGUCCACGGAUGAUGACCUGGGGACCCAGACAGGGACAACCGACAAUCCACUAUCAAGUUUAUCAGAUAAUGUCCAUUUUGGUCCUGCCGGCAUUGGACUGCUCAUCAUGGGAUUCUUGGUCCUAGGAUUGGUCCCAUUUCUGUUGCUGUGCUGUGAUUGUGAAGGCGCCCCGGGCGGGGGAGCUGGCUUUGAGCCUGUCCCCGAAUGUUCAGAUGGAGCAAUUCACUCAUGGGCAGUGGAAGGCCCACAGCUGCCUCCCGGAGAUGUGACCACUGUCUGUGUACCACCCAUACCUCCUGAUAAUGCAAAUCUAAUUGAAUGCAUUGACACCUCAGGGGUUUACACAAAUGAGUAUGGUGGCAGAGAAAUGCAAGAUCUGGGAGGGGGAGAAAGAGCAACAGGAUUUGAACUAACAGAAGGAGUUAAAACGUCAGGAGUACCUGAGAUAUGCCAAGAAUAUUCUGGAACAUUAAGAAGAAAUUCUAUGAGAGAAUGUAGAGAAGGAGGUCUGAAUAUGAACUUCAUGGAAAGCUACUUCUGUCAGAAAGCAUAUGCUUAUGCAGAUGAAGACGAAGGACGCCCGUCCAAUGACUGUUUGCUCAUAUAUGACAUUGAAGGUGUAGGUUCCCCUGCUGGCUCGGUGGGUUGUUGUAGCUUCAUUGGAGAAGACUUGGAUGACAGCUUUUUGGACACACUGGGGCCUAAAUUUAAGAAGUUGGCAGAUAUCAGCCUGGGAAAAGAAAUUGAAGCAUAUCCAGACCCUGAUCCCUCUUGGCCACCUGAGAGCACCGAACUGAUUUGCCCUCAGCAGGGAACAGAGCCCAUCACUGGUGGACACCCACCCAUCUCCCCACAUUUCGGCACCACCACAGUCAUUUCUGAGAGUUCCUACCCCUCAGGACCUGGUGUACAGCAGCCUAUGCCUAUUCCUGAUCCUCUGGGCUAUGGUAAUGUCACUGUGACCGAGUCUUACACCACCUCGGGCACUCUGAAGCCCUCUGUCCAUGUUCAUGAUAAUCGACACACAUCAAACGUAGUGGUGACCGAGAGGGUGGUCGGCCCAAUCUCUGGCACUGAUUUGCAUGGAAUGUUAGAGAUGCCUGACUUGAGAGAUGGGUCAAAUGUUAUAGUGACAGAAAGGGUAAUAGCACCAAGUUCAAGUCUACCCACCUCUUUGACCAUGCCUGAUCCUAGAGAGUCAUCAAAUGUGGUCGUGACAGAAAGAGUAAUCCGACCAGCUUCUGGCAUGAUGGGCAAUCUAAGUAUACACCCUGAGCUAUCAAAUGCCCAAAAUGUGAUUGUGACAGAGAGGGUUGUUUCUGGCUCUGGCAUAAACGGAAUUAGUGGCCCAGCUGGGAUGAGUGGAGGCAGUGCAGCUGGACUAAGUGGUGGUGGCAUUGGGCUGAGUAGCCUGGGAGGAGGUGGGGGCCUGAGUAGCAGCAUGGGGGGCACAGCCACCAUUGGCCACAUGAGGAGCUCCUCUGACCAUCACUUUAGCCAGACCCUCGGAUCUGCCUCCCCUAGUACAGCCCGAAGUCGAAUCACAAAGUACAGUACAGUACAAUAUACGAAGUAG